CAUCAGGUGUAUUCGGUCCUAUUCUUGAAUGGGCUUGCUGCUUCCCUUUUGAGGAGAUUUGUGUAUGUACUCUUUUCUCACGCAUGUGUGCGAGCAAACACGCAUACACUAACAAGGAAUUCAUCUGAAGAUGUGCACAGGAAAUAUCUUGCAUCUUUAUCCCCUUUGUGAUCUUACCUAUGGGAGAACUGAGGCACAGAAAUAAGUUAGGACAGCCUAACUUUGUAUUGCAUCAGUAUAAAUACAAAGAAGGGGAGGGAGGAACAUUCUUGAAAGAGGUGUUGUGGUCUCAGAGGGUUAGGCUUUUCAGUUGGCUGGGUAUCAGCUGACCAUGCUUUAGUUAUUUGAUUGGAGGAAAAAUAAGUGGGAGGUGAGGAGUAACUCCUGGGCCCUGAUGAGUAUUCAAGGCAAGUACAGAUCUGGAAAGCCUGUAUGCAAAGGAGGAACUCACUGCUGGAGAAAAUGUGAAGAGCAGGAUGGUCAUCGCAGAUCAUGAAAAGUGCUGGCCUGAGGAGGGCAGAAGGAAGGGCUGGGGAAGCCAGCAGGGGGAGCAAAGGAGUAGGCUCCAGCUGGGUAAAGAUGUUGGUGUGGUACAUUAUGUGAAAUACACAAAUUAUUGGAAUAGCCACGUCUCAGCCAUGCUAGUUCUCAGUCUGGAGAAUGGGAAAUGGAAAGGAUCAGAUUCAGAGACUGCAACUUAAACUCAAGGUCACAGCAUUUUAAACCCAAGUGAAACCUCCUAGGCCCUUCAUGCCACACUCAUCCAUCCCUACCUACUUGUAUUGCAACCAAGGGCCCCACUGUAGUGCCUAGGAGAGCAGGUCUAGGGCACAGUGCCAGGCCUGAUUAAUGUCUUCCUUACCAUUUUCCAGCGAGGGGCUGUGAUUAGGCCUAUUUAUAGGGGCCUGGUCUCUUAAUAUGCUGCCUGGCACAUCUCUUGCCAAUCAAAUCAGUGCCGUCUGCAGUGUGAUUGCUGCUUUAGUGGCACCAGGGAGAGGAGUUAAUUAAACCCAGUAUAAAUAGACUCUGCCCUCACUUUGCAAUUCCAGAGGUGUUUUUCCUUCUGUCCUCCACCCCUGCAUGCACCUCUUUCCUCUUGGAAAGGCUAAGCUCUAGCCUGGGUGAGGAGGGCUGGACACUUCUAUACCUGGAGAGUCACUAGCUACUGCCCAGUCUGUUUCAGGAGCAGGCCUCAAAUUCCUCAGGGGUUAAAGUGGGAAGAACCCGUGUGUGCACAUUUUUUGUGCUUUUCCAGAACUGGGUACCAUUUGGCAGUUGUUCAGGCAAUCUCCCCCAUUACUCCAUUUCUACUCCUCUUUCUAGCCUCUUUUUUCCUCUGCAACCAAGGUUUCUUUCUUAUUUAUCCAAGGUAGGGAGCUGAACUGAGAUAACGUAUGGAAAGGGUGCCUGGCAGGCACCAAGCACCUUGUGGGGGGUCAGAAAUGUUGCACCUUCUCUGAACUCCAUUGACCCUACAAAUUCCCUAGUCCCUGGUCCUGCCCUUUCCCUCCCUCAUUCACUCAACAGGCAUCAGCAGAGUCCCAUCUAUGUGCUCCUGGCCUCCCACCAAAUGCUGUGUCCUCUCCUCCCCUAUCUGUGCAGGCUGAAGCUAUGUGCAUGGCUGGGAUGAGGGCUGUGUUGUCUCAACACCACCCCGCCCUGUGGUGGGUGAGUGCGGGUGGACGUGGGUGGCUCUGAUGCUCCGGCUCCCGUCCACAGGCACCAUGACUCCUGUGAGGACGCAGCACUCCCUGGCAGGUCAGACCUAUGCCGUGCCCCUCAUCCAGCCCGACCUGCGGCGAGAGGAGGCCGUCCAGCAGAUGGCGGAUGCCCUGCAGUACCUGCAGAAGGUCUCUGGAGACAUCUUCAGCAGGAUCUCCCAGCGGGUAGAGCAGAGCCGGAGCCAGGUGCAGGCCAUUGGAGAGAAGGUCUCCUUGGCCCAGGCCAAGAUUGAGAAGAUCAAGGGCAGCAAGAAGGCCAUCAAGGUGUUCUCCAGUGCCAAGUACCCUGCUCCAGAGUGCCUGCAGGAAUAUGGCUCCAUUUUCACAGGCGCCCAGGACCCUGGCCUGCAGAGACGCCCCCGCCACAGGAUCCAGAGCAAGCACCGCCCCCUGGAUGAGCAGGCCCUGCAGGAGAAGCUGAAGUACUUUCCUGUGUGUGUGAGCGCCAAGCCAGAGCCUGAGGAUGACGCAGAAGAGGGACUUGGGGGUCUUCCCAGCAACAUCAGCUCUGUCAGCUCCUUGCUGCUCUUCAACACCACCGAGAACCUGUACAAGAAGUAUGUCUUCCUGGACCCCCUGGCUGGUGCUGUAACAAAGACCCAUGUGAUGCUGGGGGCAGAGACAGAGGAGAAGCUGUUUGAUGCCCCCUUGUCCAUCAGCAAGAGAGAGCAGCUGGAACAGCAGGUCCCAGAGAACUACUUCUAUGUGCCAGACCUGGGCCAGGUGCCUGAGAUUGAUGUGCCAUCCUACCUGCCUGACCUGCCCGGCAUUGCCAACGACCUCAUGUACAGUGCCGACCUGGGCCCCGGCAUUGCCCCCUCUGCCCCUGGCACCAUUCCAGAACUGCCCACCUUCCACACUGAGGUAGCUGAGCCUCUCAAGACAGACCUAGAAGAUGGGGUACUAACAGCACCCCCACCACCUCCACCGCCCCCACCACCUCCCCCAGCUCCUGAGGUGCUGGCCAGUGCACCCCCACUCCCACCCUCAACCACGGCCCCUGUAGGCCAAGGCACCAGGCAGGACAACAGCAGCAGCGCGUCUCCUUCAGUCCAGGGAGCUCCCAAGGAAGUGGUCGACCCCUCUGGUGGCCGGGCCACUCUGCUAGAGUCCAUCCGCCAAGCUGGGGGCAUCGGCAAGGCCAAACUGCGCAGCGUGAAGGAGCGAAAGCUGGAGAAGAAGAAGCAGAAGGAGCAGGAGCAAGUGAGAGCCACGAGCCAAGGUGGGGACCUGAUGUCGGAUCUCUUCAACAAGCUGGUCAUGAGGCGCAAGGGCAUCUCUGGGAAAGGACCCGGGGCUGGUGAGGGGCCUGGAGGAGCCUUUGCCCGCGUGUCAGACUCAAUCCCUCCUCUGCCACCACCGCAGCAGCCACAGGCAGAGGAGGACGAGGACGACUGGGAAUCCUAGGGGGCUCCAUGACACCUUCCUCCCCCAGACCCAGACUUGGGCUGUUGCUCUGACAUGGACACAGCCAAGACAAGCCGCUCAGACCUGCUUCCCUGGGAGCGGGGGGUGAUGGAACCAGCACUGUGCGGAGACCACCUGCAAGGAGUGGAAGGCUGGCCUGAGGCCACACGGCUGGGGCGGGGGCUUCUGUCUGCCUGUGCUCCACGGGGGGCGGCUCCACCCAGCCUGCACCAGUGUGUUCUCUUCUCUAAAGAGGCUUCCAGAGAAAGCAGCACACAAAUCAAUAAGGAACUGAGCUGAAACCAACAGUGUGCUUUUAAUAAAGGACCUCUAGCUGUGCAGGA